AUGGACUCGGGGAACUGCCGCGGCGGCCAGGGCUACUGGGACGGCGGCGAGGCCGCAGGCGCUGAGGGGCCGGCGCCGGCGGGGACGCUGAGCCCCGCGCCGCUCUUCAGCCCCAGCACCUACGAGCGCCUGGCGCUGCUGCUGGGCUCCAAAGGGCUGCUGGGCGUCGGCAACAACCUGCUGGUGCUCGUCCUCUACUACAAGCUCCAGCGACUACGCACUCCCACCCACCUCCUCCUGGUCAACAUCAGCCUCAGCAACCUGCUGGUGUCCCUUUUCGGGGUCACCUUUACCUUCGUGUCCUGCCCGAGGAACGGCUGGGUGUGGGACACCGUGGGCUGCGUGUGGGACGGGUUCAGCGGCAGCCUCUCCGAGAAGAGUUCCAGUCACAAAUGCAUAUGUGAUGCAUUUUGACAUUUACUGCUAAGAUGAAAUGCAGAAAUGAAACCACACAUCCGUUUUAGUAUUCUCAGAUGUGAUUAGAUGUACUUUCUCAUGUUUUUAUGCUACUGACUUACAAGAAAAAAAUUUUUUUAAGGGUAACCGUUAAACAGCGAGGACCUGCAACUUCAGAGCUUCUGGGAUAAACUGGAACAUCAGAAGGACAGAUUUUAUUACAGCAUAAUCACACCUUAUUUCUUUCAUCAGCAGUUGUCACCAGACGAUUUUACUUCCUAGAAUGGCAGACAAUCUUCCCACAGAGUUUGAUGUGAUUAUAAUAGGGACAGCUUUGCCCGAAUCCAUUCUUGCAGCUGCAUGUUUAAGAAGUGGUCAGAGGGUUCUACAUGUUGAUUCAAGAAGUUACUAUGGAGGAAACUGGACUAGUUUCAGCUUUUCAGGAUUGCUAUCCUGGUUGAAGGAGUACCAGCAAAACAAUGACAUUGGGGAAGAAAGUACUGUUGCAUGGCAAGACCUG